AUGUUAGGCCCCAUCACGAUCCCCAAGGUGGGAAUUCCGGUACAGGCCCUUGUGUCAUCAUGGAAAAAUGGCAAUACGAUGCCGUUCAUAUUUGAUACGGUUUGGGACUUGAUAAAACUGGCAGAUUAUCUUACUCUGAGGGAAGAUGUUGACCCAUCAAAUAUAGGAAUCACUGGCGAAUCUCUUGGAGGUAUGCAUGCUUGGUUUGCUGCAUUUGUUGACACUCGCUAUUCUGUGGUUGUCCCCAUAAUUGGUGUUCAGGGUUUUCAAUGGGCCAUUGAGCAUGAUAAGUGGCAAGCAAGAGUUAACAGUAUCAAGGCUGUCUUUGAUGCACGUGCCGAUUUAGACAAGAGUACAAUUGAUAAAGAAGUAGUUCAGAAGGUCUGGGACAGGAUUGCCCCAGGUUUUUCCUCUCAAUUUGAUUCACCAUACACAGUUCCAAUUAUUGCACCACGCCCGUUCUUGAUUUUAAACGGGGAAGAUGAUCCUCGGAGCCCACUAGGUGGCCUAAAAAUUCCAGAAUCAAGAGCUCACAAAGCGUAUGAAGAGGCUAAUUGUCCUCGGGAUUUCAAGGCCUUCAUCGCGUUCGCGAUGCGUCAGGCCCAAUUAACCAUCGCGUUCGUGAUACAAGGCUCGCAUUCGCGAAGCUUCAGCCCCCGGAGCCUUCGCGUUCGCGUAGACCAAUUGAGUUUGUUGGUUGUCUGUUGGUUUACUCUGGAACUUGGUCUAGUUGGGUUCUUGAUUCUACUUGCUUCGCUUGUUGCUGCUGCUGCUAUUCUGCUUUCUGCUGCUGCUGACCCUUCUGCUUCUGCUUCUUCUUUGCAUUUCAGUAUUCAG